AUGGCUGACAAAUUGUUUGUGGCUCUAGACAGCGACAACGAUGCGUUCUGGCUGGCGCAAGUCCAUUUUUCCAAUAACAAUUACACGCGAGCAUUGGCGUUUUUGACCAGGAAAGAUCUGAUCGCCCGGAGCUCGUCUUGCAAAUACCUCGCGGCACAUUGCUAUAUCAAACAAAACAAAUAUGAGCAGGCACUCCAGGUUCUUGGUGAACAUAACCCCACACACCUCAUAUCAACCGCCAGCAAUAGCCGGCGGAAACUCCAGCACCGAAAUGGAGGCUCCCAUAUUACGCUUCGAAAUGGAAAGUCUACGGCAUCUAGAUCAGAUAGGAUUGAACGAAGUGAGGAAAGAGAGCGAGAGGAUGCGAACCACAUUAAAUUCGAAGCGGCCAUGUGUUACCUAAGAGGGCUAUGCUAUGCCCGUCAGAACGCCUUUGACCGUGCGCGAGAUUGCUAUAAGGAUGCUGUGCGAAUCGAUAUUCAGUGCUUUGAAGCGUUUGAUCAGCUUAUGAAGAACUCUUUGAUGUCGCCCGCCGAGGAGUUAGAGUUUCUUGAAUCGCUUGAUUUCGAUUCAAUUAACCCCUCCUCCGACCCAUCGACGUCACAAGAGGCGGCUGAAUUUGUCAAAUUGCUUUAUACGACACGGCUAUCCAAGUAUUCGUCUCCGUCGGCCAUCUCUCACGCCACCGAGACCCUAUCUACACACUACAAUCUCGCAGAAAAUCCUGAUCUUCUUCUGUCUCGCGCAGAAACACUUUAUACCCAGUGUCGAUUCCCCGAGGCCUUGGAACUGACUUCGUCCAUUUUGUCAUCUUCUGCUUCCGAUUCUCUGGCUACAGCUACUUCGCAGGGAGACCAAAGCCGUAGUAUUGGCCACUCCCCAGCAGUUUAUCCACUGCAUCUUGCUUGUCUUUAUGAGACCGGUGCGACCAAUGCACUGUUUUUGCUGGCUCACACGCUCGCUGAUAAUUCGCCGGAAGAAUCGUAUACUUACCUUGCUAUAGGGGUAUAUUAUCUGUCCGUCUCGAAGAUUGCCGAAGCGCGAAGAUAUUUCUCCAAAGCCUCCCUGUUGGACCCUCAUUCUGCCCCUGCGUGGAUAGGGUUUGCUCACACGUUUGCCGCUGAAGGCGAGCAUGACCAGGCAAUCGCAGCAUAUAGCACUGCCGCAAGGCUAUUUCAGGGGAGCCAUCUUCCCCAAUUAUUUCUUGGCAUGCAACAUCUUGCCCUGAAUAAUAUGUCUCUCGCCCAUGAAUACCUCUCUGCAGCUUAUAACAUGUCGUCCAGCUCCCUAUCUAGUAGUUCUGGGACUGCGUCACUUUCAUUCAAUUCCAGUGAUUUACAAUCGUCCCCACCGAUUGCUGGUGAUCCUCUUGUGCUCAAUGAAGUUGGGGUCGUUCUGUAUCAUCAGGCUAAGUUGGAAGGGGCUAUUGAACUCUUUCGGCAAGCAUUGAGUCUAGCUACUUCGUUACAAUGUGAUCCAGGCGCAUGGUUACCGACGCGAGCCAACUUGGGACAUGCACUACGCCGCCUUGGUCAUUUCGAGCAAGCUCUGCAGGAGUUCGACGAGUGCCUUAGGAUUGGUGCUGGUGGUUCUGCGACUAGCCAUAUUAGCAAGGCUGGAGUGGCGCUUCCUGCAGGAUCUGCUGCUGCUGUUGCUGGCUAUGAAGAUCGAGGCCUUGCCGGUUCUCUACACACUGCUCGUGGGUUGGUUCUGCUGGAACUAGGUCGAACAAUGGAAGCUGUUACAGCCCUACAUGAAGCCGUUCGUGUGCUUGGUACAAGCGGUGGCGACGCUGCUGCAGGUGCAGGAGUAGCCGGUACAUUACUUUCAAGGGCACUAGAAAUCUGGGCCUUAGAAGCAGGACAGGACGCUGUCUCUUCGUCUCCGGAACUUACAGAACCCAGCAACUCCGGCAGGACGAAGCCAUCCGGCUCAAAAGGAAAGGAAGCGUCUAGGGCUAAACCAUCGAACCAAGUCGGCAGGAAGGCUAAAUCGCGGAAGGCAGCUGUCGUAUCCCAGGAAUGGACGGAUGACGUUGUCGACCGUGAAUCCCCAAACAUUCGGGACGAUCAGCAGACUGUGGCGAUGGAAUUGGAUGGAGAAGCUGACGGUAUACUUAAUCACGCUCUGGCACGAAUAAAGUCCAGGUGUUCGAGAAGGCGAGACGCCGGACUCACUCCUAAUAAUGGGCAGGCCGUUGAUAUGCCUAAUUUCAAUGCGCUUACUCGAUCGACGAGAGCUUCAAGCAGGCGAAAGAGUCCCACGCGACACGGCCCUGCUGGAUGA